UGGUGCCUUGGAACAGCUGGGGGUGAUGAUGGGUAUUCCCAGCUUGCUGCUCCCCGCCCCGGAGAGAUUCUGGAUGCUGUGACUGACUUUGGCUGUGGGGAAAGUACCAUUUGACCGUCAGUAUCGGAUGUACUGUUGGUCGUUUCGUACGCGAAGUGGGUAUUUCACGCUGCCUAACGCGAAUCUAUUGGCCAGUGGGUUCAGUUUUGGGACCGAUUUUGGGGUGUGUGUGCGCGAUAACAGGAAGGCGGUGAAGGAAGAAGAAAAAACGAGACCCCGGAAUAGGUCGGGUGAAUUUGAUUGAAGUUUUUAUAGUUGGCUCAUCUCCGGUGGGCGCCAGUGUGGGGUUGGGAGGCCGGAUAAGCUCGGAUGCUUACAGACGAGGCACCGUGUCCUGGCUCUGACCGGCCAUUCAGUGCUUUGCAGUGCAAAUUAUCGUGCUUUGGUCGUCUCGCGUGGAGAAUCGUAUGUUUUUUUGUCGUUCUGUUAUUGGUGGAAUCGAAAACAAGGAUUGAGCGUGUGGGGGAGGACGUGAAUCAAAGCCCGCACCCUAUGUUAUCGCACUGUUGGUGAACCUUGUCGAGGUACGGAUGGGGGAUGUUUUCGUUACCCGACCCGCGGAAGGCGGAGGAAAUGGUACCAAGCGCAUAUCGAAUGUGAGUUGCGGAUAGUUGGAGCACCGAGUGUUCGACGGCCAUGGAAAGUGUACUGUAUCAGUGAGCGAAGAAUUGUGCUUUGAUGUUUGUGGUACCGGAAUAGCUUGAUGGAUUGAAGUGUUGGCCUUUCGCAGAUGGAGGUGUGAAAUAUUAAACGUGGUGCACGGCUUUCCACUGCAUUCACUUAAAACGUGAUCAUCCAAUACUGAGGGUGGAAAAAUCUAGUAAAGUGAAAAACAUCGCAUCCAAUACAGGGAACAGAAACGAAAUCAAUGAAAACAAUUUCAACCGGAAGAAGACAGGCUGCCACUGCACGUAUGUUUCUCCCAGAGAAGGCACCUGGCGCCGAGAUUGUGCGGAACCCGAACGUGAAAUCAAAUUAGGUGUGAAAAUUGAUCGAAAAUCGCUUCCCACUUCGAUUGUCUGGUCUGGAAUAGCCGGAAAACAAAGAAAACGAGUGAAGUCAUAAAAACAGAAAACAACAUAACCGGAGGCGCCAACGGUCGUGUAUUUUCCCACACCACACUCCACGAGUGAGCAAGCUAAAGCGAGUUUCAGUUGUCACAGGGUGUGAGGGUAGAAGAGACCCGGAAUAACCGGAACGCAGGAAAUAACAGAGUGUCAGAGUUGGCGGCAAGAAAGGAAAGCCGGAAUCUGUAAGCCGCUCAGCAGAAGAGGAUAAGUGCCGAUGACGUGCCAACCAGUCAACCAUACGGCCUAGGGCUAUUGAGGCCGAGGAACGGGAAAGAGCUUCUCGCUCCAUAUAAAUGAGUGCGUGUGUGGCUGCGUGCCAAUGUAUGUGAUGGUAAUGUGUAAUUAAAAUUCACACCGGAUAGUUGUGCUCUGUGGUCUCUGAAGCACACGUGUUUGAUUACAGGGCUGAUUGAAGUUAGACCUUGGGUGAAGAUUUUGAAGCUGUGACAGUUUCGUUCAUUCAUAAUUGCCGGAGGAGGAUCCCAUCAACACGGAGCAGCUAAUGGGAAAAUAAUCUCAUUAAGACUACAAACACAAAUUGACUACCGAGAACCGCAAUCCCGGCGAACAAAUUCAAUGCUGGUUGGAAGAAGUCACCUGAAAACUUCUACAGGAUGAGCUCGGGAAACUUGCGACGAAUUCCGCCACAAAAAGAAGCGGAUUAAUGAGAUUUUUCCUUUCGAGAAGCUCCCUGGAAGCGCCCAGCACUACCGCUGCAUCAAGUCUCUCUUGUUUGGUCUUUCAAGGCGAACGAAAAUCCUCUAUUCCUCGCCCCGGAGGACAAGAGCUUGCUUGGAAGUGUACACAAUAAUCUUCCGAAGCGGAAGCAGCCAAGCGACGUCGAGUGGAAAAUGAGAGUGCAUAAAUUUUCCACCCAUCGCGUGAGUGAUGCUCGGAAGAAUCGUGAGUGCCAGUUGCAGCAGCUAUCGUCGCCGUCGUCCUACCGGCUGAAACAGCAUUUACUAUGUGGCGGUUUCCCCCUAGAUGGAGACACGUUUGAUGCGAAUCUGCAAUCUAAUGGUGGCUAUUCAUGUCAUCACUUCAUCAUCCAACGGCAGCAGCACUGGAGCAUCUAAACGUGUAACACCCAUCAAUUGGAACUAAUGAAACAUAGGCAAACGCCAGUGAUGAAUUACACCAAAUUAGUUUAACAAACCGACAAACUCGACCACACUGGUCCGGAACUGAAUAAGAGUGCUUGUUAGAAACAAACCGGAAGAAUAAUAUUUCUCACUCUGGGCAGCACAUUUUUCCCAGAGCACAUUCAUGAAACUAGCGUAGAAAAAAAUUGUGCCGCGAACAACUAGACACUUACCACAUUCACAAACUCCACUACACCAGAGCUCGGUGUGACGCUAUAGUGUAAUUGAAAACUCCCACGCGCGUUGCAUAUCCUCGGUGUCAUCAUAAUCGUCAUGAAAGUCGGCGGCGACGUCGCUGCUCUGGUUAAGUGGUGGAAAAUCAUUCCGAAUCAAGAUUCAAAGCACGAACUCCCAAUGCUGGGCGGGAACUAGACGCUGAGCUCCGUCUUCAUAGUGUGUGCCAAAAAAGGGGUCGGGGGGAGAUUCUUAGCGGGUGGUCCCAUGUGGAACAAUAGAACGGGACAUCUCAUUAAACGGGGUUGCCAACUUGUGAACGGCUGAGUGAAGGGGACAGACAACGAGUGCCAUUUGGUCGUCAUUGAACGAAACAGUUGGAGGCUGAAAGGUGGGCAGGAAAGUGAGGAGCAGCAAUCGUAUCCAUAAAUGAGCAGAUUGUAAUUAUACGCUAGUGAAAAUGUUGGAGAAAUUAACGUUCUAUGUUGGAGUCUACCUACUACUAUUGCACAGCAAGAUUAAAGUUUCCGUAAGCUCAACCAUGCUGCUGACCACGGAGGAGUCAGCCGCCCUACAGCCUUACUUUGACUUUGAUGUACAGCGAAAUCUUACCGUCACCGUAGGCCAGACGGGCUUCCUGCACUGCCGAGUGGAACGGCUCGGCGAUAAGGACGUUGCCUGGAUUAGGAAACGAGACUUGCAUAUCCUCACGACUGGCUCCUCGACCUACACAUCAGAUCAGCGAUUUCAGGUGAUACGGCCGGAAAACUCCAUUAAUUGGACGUUACAGAUCAAGUAUCCGCAGGUGCGGGACUCGGGCGUGUACGAGUGCCAGAUCAACACCGAGCCGAAAAUGUCGCUGUCCUACGAGCUCAACGUGAUAGAGCUCCGAGCACGAAUACUGGGACCAUCGGACAUAUUUGUGAAAUCCGGCAGCGAGAUCAUCAUGACCUGCGUCAUCCAACAGGGACCACACGACCUGGGAACGGUGUUCUGGUACAAAGGAAACACGCUGAUAGAAUCCGCCACCCAGGAAAACAUCAUCCAUGCGGUGGAAAACCAACGAAUCACCGUCGAAACAGACUGGGCCGAUGGGCUGACAUCCAGGUUAAAGAUAAGACGUGCGGUGCAGAGUGACACCGGCAACUAUACGUGUGUGCCGACGAUGGCCAAAUCAUCCAGUGUGUAUGCACAUGUAAUUAGUGGUGAACAUCCGGCGGCGAUGCAACACAACGCAGCGACAACCGGUCGACCAGUUCUUUCGCACGCCAGUAUUUUACUAUUUUAUGUGACACUUUUAGUGCAUAUUGUUGUGAGUAAGCAGUUUAAGGUAUGGCACAAUCACGAUCCGAGAUGAAAUUGGCCCAGCGGCGGCUCCCCGAAUCGAGCACUACAGCAAAGGAAACAAGACUGUAGUAUACCAUCGCGAUCCGGAUCGCGGUCCCGUUGCAGGAGGAGGUUCCGAGAACAUUCCAUUGGGCAUCUUCUUCCGGAAGACAGCGAAACUAGUUGUCCAAGUGGAACCACUUGGACCUGGAGGAGCUGGUGGGAUUGGUGGUGGUGGAGUGCCAUACCACAGGAAAAAGGACCCCGGUGGGGGACCCCGAGCCGUGGUGGAGCUUAUUGGGUGCGAGUGCGGAAUAGUAACGGACAGUGAACGAGGUAUUUCCGGAUAGAGAAUCACACAAUCCCACAAACUGAAACAAGAAAAUCUUCCUUUGUACAAAUUUCGGGUGAAUGGAGGUUUAUGGACGAGAUUUUUCGAGGAAAGAAAAAAAGCGAGAUAUCUGUGCGAGAACAAAGUAGCGCUAUGAGUGCUCGAGUAGAGGUAUGCACGAGACAGAAAAAUUGAGUAAACAAAUAGGAGUUAGGGUGUCCCGAAAAAAUGAAUGUUCGAAAGGUAAUGGUGCUAAACUCUAGAAUGAAAAGUUUGCUUAUAUAUAGGAUUUUUGUGGGAUAAAUCAAUUGUCUACUAAUUCGAUUGAUUGAUUUAUAGGAAAUUGUUUUUUUUUUUAUUCAAAAAGUCAUAUUUUGAUAGUAAUUGCAGUUGUUUUGAACGCCUACUAUUAUUUUAAAAAUAUUUAUAAGUUUUCUAUUUUUUUGGUAUAAAAAUACCCAUCUGUUUUUUCCACAAAACUUUUGAAAACCAAAAAAAAUCAAUUUCUUCGAAAUGCAAUCGUUUAAUUGAAACGAAACAAUGUCCUGCACAUAAGUUAAAGUCCUUUUCUGCAUGUAUAAUGGAUUGUAAUAAUUAAAAUUUCUACAACAAUAGUUCAAAUUUCAUCCAAACAAUAAAAAAAUCAGUAUUACUUUAUACAAGUUUUGCGACCUGUAGUUCAAAAUUGUGACAUGUUGCGAGUGAAAUCGGAUAUAACAAGCUCGAAUUAAUUAGAGACUCAUCAUUGAUUGGAACUUUAAAUUUUAAAUAAUGUCUUGUAUUCCUGAUUUUUACAACCAUUCAAUCAUUUUUUCACGAAAAUAAUGAUUAUAAACAUUGCUAUCGGAUCAAAAUCUAGAAUAAAAAAAAAUGCUACAGAUAUUUCGGUUGAAUAUUUACCAAAAAAAUCUAGAAACCGAUUUUUUAUUGAUUUGAAAAGUUGAA